UCACACUGCAAACGCGGGCGGGGCUGAGAAUAGUUUCAAAAUGGCGUGCAGCUAGAAAGGCAGUAAUGAAGCGAUAAACAGUCGUUGCUCGUCAAUUCAGUACGUAAACAUAAAUAUAGCAGAGAGCACCAUCAUCACUGCAAUAUAUUUUAAGUGGUAUACAAAAUGAAAGGUAAAGAACGUUCUCCAGUCAAAAAGCGGUCGCGUCUUCUGGAUGAAUCUCGAGACAGAGGAAGCCACCCAUCAUGUAAGAAAAUGGGAACGCUUUCGGUGUCUGGCAGCAACAACGGUAAUAAUUCGAUGAAAGGGAGUAGUUCUACAAGAAGGACUUUACUCGGCGACAAACGUGAAAGCCGGGAGAUAGAUGGGCACGUUUCAAGUCGUACUGGAACUAACCACAGCUAUGCUAAUAUUACUGCGGCUGUUAGUAGCAGCAAGAACCACAGCGGCCUCGCUUUAGAUGCCACUACACGGAUCAACUCUCGCGGAGAGACCAGGGCUCUCCCGAGUAAUGAAAGUGAGUACAAGACUUUGAAAAUAAGCGACCUCGGUUCCCAGUUGAGUGACGAAGAAAUAGAAGACGGCUUAUUUCUCGAAUUUAAAAAAUUUGGUGACGUGAGCAUUAAAAUAAGUCGAGUAAACGACGAGCGUGUGGCGUUUGUCAAUUUCAGAAGGCCCGAUGACGCUAAGGCAGCAAAACACGCCCGCGGCAAAUUGGUUCUGCAUGACAGGCCACUGAAGAUCGAAGCUGUAUACAUGAACAGACGACGGAGCCGAUCGCCUAUAGAUAAAGACACAUAUUCAGCAGCUGCUGGCCAUAGACAUUUGCAUACGCAGAGACCUCUGUCACCCACAGGACUGGGGUAUAGAGACUACAGGCUACAGCAGCUUGCCCUGGGUCGUCUCCCACCUCCACCACCCCCACCUCUUCCCAGAGACUUAGAAAGGGAAAGGGAGUUUUCUUUAUAUGAUGCCAGGACUAGACCUCCUUUUAUCCCAGAGGUUGCUGCUUUUCGAGAGGAGGACAUAGUUUCCCCAGAGGACGACCAGAGGGCCAACAGGACAUUGUUUCUUGGUAACCUUGAUAUAACAGUGACUGAGAGUGACCUGAGACGGGCUUUUGACAGGUUUGGGGUUAUCACUGAGGUGGACAUCAAGCGCCCAACACGUGGACAGAGCAGUACUUAUGGAUUUCUCAAAUUUGAGAACCUUGACAUGGCUCACCGUGCCAAAAUUAGUAUGUCUGCCAAGGUGGUGGGUAGGAACCCUAUUAAGAUUGGCUAUGGCAAGGCCACUCCUACUACCAGACUCUGGGUUGGGGGUUUAGGCCCUUGGGUACCCCUGGCUGCUCUGGCCAGGGAGUUUGACCGCUUUGGUACCAUCAGGACCAUAGACUAUAGGAAAGGUGAUGCUUGGGCCUAUAUUCAGUAUGAGAGCCUGGACGCUGCCCAGGCUGCCUGUUCUCAUAUGCGUGGCUUCCCUCUUGGGGGCCCUGACCGUCGUCUAAGGGUGGACUUUGCUGAUACAGAACAUCGCUACCAGCAGCAGUAUCUACAGCCACUGCCACUUCCACCACAUUAUGACCUGGUGGCAGAAUCUUUUGUGCACCGUGCUGGUCCUGAUGCUCUCCGGGUGAGGGAGAGGACUCCACCGCCUGCACUUCGUUUCCGUGAGACUCCAUUGUACCCCGCUGCUGCUGAGUGGCCAGGGCCAGCAGUGCGUGACCGCGCUCGGGGUGCACCUUUUGAACCACUGGAGCACUUGGAACGGGAGCGGCGUUCUCGAGAUGCAUGGUCACUGGAGCGGGAGCUGCAAAACCGGGACCAGGCCAGGAAGCGGCGUCUUCUUGAGGAUGGUCGUCAUUUGGACCGUUCACCUGACAGCAGCGAGCGCCUCCGAGGUCGUCGUCAUGGUGUGUCUGUGGAGCGCAGCCCAGGUGGCAGCAGUGGCAGGGAUGGUGGACGCUACAGCGAUUCAGAGAGGCUGUCACGCUCAGACCGGCCUUCUCCUGCAGGACGUGACAGGCGUGGAAGUUUGGAAUGUGCGCAUAGUGAGAAACGACUGCGGACACUAAGCCCUGUUGACACGUCUGCUACCGAAAGGGAGCGCAAGCGCAAAGCUAGUGACUCUACCAAGAGCCCCGGCAAACGAGAGGAGCGUACAGAGCACCCCUCUUCCACUUCCUCUUCUUCCUCCAGGGCCACAGCCCAGUCCAAGCAAGGAUCUGGUGGCCACAAACUGUCACUAGCGUGGCAGGGCAUGCUGCAGCUCAAGAACAGUAGCUUCCCCACAAGUAUGCACCUUUUGGAGGGUGACCUGGGCGUCUCUAGCAGGCUGCUAGUGGAUGGCAGUACUGGUGGUCAGGUGUGCCAGCUGAAGAUCACUCAGCGCCUUCGUCUGGACCAGCCCAAACUGGAUGAGGUGGCACGACGCAUAAAGGUGGCAGGACCCAGUGGAUAUUCAGUACUACUUGCUGUGCCUGGAAGCUCAGAGGAGGGCCCCUGUGACACAGGCAGCUCAACAGAACGGCCAUUGAAGAACCUGGUGUCCUACCUUAAGCAGAAACAGGCUGCUGGGGUCAUCAGCCUCCCUGUUGGGGGCAGCAGAGACAAGGACAACGCAGGAGUUCUGCACGCCUUUCCCCCUUGUGAGUUCUCCCAGCAGUUUCUUGACACCGCAGCUAAAGCCCUCGCCAAAACCGAUGAAGAUUAUCUGGUAAUGAUCAUAGUCCGAGGAGCAUCAUAAAAAGUAACAUUCAAGGAAAGUAAAUGACCUGUAAAUGGCCUGUAAUGUAUAGAGUGCCGCUGUGUUAUAGAAUAUAGUCUUGAAAGUCAAAGGUUAUUUUGCAGUGUCUGUCACUGGAGAAAAAACAACAACAUUGUAACAUUGUGUUUUCAGCAGUCUAAUGCCUCAGAAAUUAUUCUGGUUGUCAAUAUGCAUGGUAGUCUAAAUUUUUGUAAGAUUCACUCUUAAAGCAAAUGGAAUUGAAAGAAUUGUAAUAGUUUGAUGAUGAUGGUACUUCAGAAUAAUGUAAUACAUCGUUUUCCCUGACACAGUGUAACACUAUAUGGCUAUUACACAGUUAAGUUUAGAUUUACCCUCAGACUAAACAUCAUUGUUGUCUACAUCAGUCAAUGCACACUCUACUAAUUGAUCUACCUGAUAUGCUCAUAGUAAUUGUUGAUUGAAAUGUGAUUUCUGCUUUUACUGAGUUCUGUUGUCUUGUUUUGAAAUACAUUUUUUUUUUUUUUUUUUUCUGAUUAUUGCAGUCAUUUGCAGACAGAAUGUAUGUUACCACAUCAUCACAUUCAGAACCUGACAUAGGUAUAGAUUACAGAGGACAGAAAGAGGGGGAAAAAGCUCAGUGGUUUAUUGUUUUAUAAUACAUUCUUAAUUUUAAAACAAUUUAAUGAGAUGGCAUAUGUAAUUGACCCUCAGUCUUCAAUCUUUGCAAAUAGACAUGUGACAGGAACUGGUAUAUUUAUGAAAAUGUUGGUUCAUUAGUUUGUUUAAAUUAAAAGAGUUAGGCUAAGAUUUUAUUUUUCAACACAAGGCCCUCUUUGACAUCAGAUAUUGAAUGGGAAUUUAUUAUUGCGCUCUGGUCAGGUUUGAAAAUGGCCUUUGUGUAAUUAGUGAGAGAGAGAGAGAGAGAGAGAUCUUAGAAUACAUCAGAAGCUUCCUUCAACUAACAUGUUCAAAAAGAUUGUCACUCCAGAUGGUAGAAAUAAAGUGGUGUUUAUGACUAGGUUUUACUGGGUAAAGUAAUUCAAUUUGUAAAGAUAAGAUUAGAUAAUUGUAAAUGGGUUACUUGGAAGAAAGUUGCCUGUGUAAGAAGAAAUGGCAUUGGUUUUCUGAAGAUACUGUCUUUUCCCAAGUAGCUUCUUUGUAAUGUGUUUCUGUUGUAUUUCUUUUAAAUGUCUGCUUGAUACUUUUAAACAAAUAUUUCAUCAAAUAGGAUCAUGUGAAAUUGACUAAUAUUUCAAGACAAAGUCAAAGCGGGGAGCACCAGUUUACAUUACCAUUUACAGAUAUACAGUCUUUUAGGCCUAUUAAAGAAGGUCCCUUGAUUUUAUCAGAUUCUCCUUUUGAAAUGGAGAGUGAACAAAUGAUAUACAUGUGCUCUAGUUCAACUUUGAUUACACUGGGGUCUUAAUUGGGUUCAUUUCAGUCUUUAUUAAAGGUAAAAGACUUGGCCACCUAUUUUUUUUUUCAAUGCAGUCAUUUCCUAGUUAUGUAAACAGCUGUCAUAUGUCUUUUUGCUGAUCUUUUGUUUCUUAAAAAAGUGUACUUGUAUGGACAGUUAAUAUCUCUUCUGAGUGUAUUGAAAAACCCUCAGCCAUGGACACUCGUGUGCAUAAAAGAUAAAAAAAAAAACCCAUGAUUCAGAUGAUGAGCAUUGCUUUGUGCAUCUAACUGAACGGACUGCUCUUUAAGUUGUGUAAUUGCUUUGUUAUGACCUUGCCCAUAUUUUAAAUGGAAGUUUGCAUUGUGCUCUUUACUGUACAGCUGAUAUCUGGAGAAAAGUGGAAACCAUCUUUGCACAUGCAACUAAAGAAGUAGCUGUUCACAACAAUCACACACAAAGAAAAACCGUGCAUCUGGCACUUGCUUGAUUUUGUCUCAGUGUCAAUAAAUUGUUUCUCUUUCGAUGGAAAAUCCGUUUGUUUCUGCCUUGGAAGUGAGUUGAAGACGGCCGUUUUGACCUUUUCUGUUUUGUUUUGCCAAGGCCCCUCAUUUCUGUCGUGAGACAGAAAGGAUAUAUACUCAUACAGCACAGACAGAAAAGGAGAGGGGGGAAAACACCCCAAACUUAUAUGUUUUGACCCUUGUUGCAUGACAUUGCUGCUCUACUUGUUGCUUCUUCCAGGAAGAGGGAAGUCACUGUCUUCCUGUGGAGGGGUAGCAGGCUGUUCUGUUUGACCUGCACAUUAUGAAGGCAUUGUGAGUUGUGAGUUGAACAUGUUUGGCGCAGAUGCAUACAGUCAACAUUGCAGAUGUGUUGACUGCCCUCAGGUUUGUCUCCGGCUCUGGCCCAAGUCGUCGGAGUUCAGGAUCUCCCUGGUGGCGCUUUGUUAACACAGCUACAUUUCAGAUCAUUGUCCACUGCCCCCUCCGACACUGUCACAAAGCAACCUUCAGUGCCUUCACAGAACAAGAGAGUGACCUUUCAAGGUUACUCAUUUCUGCACUCAGAAAACAAGGAUCAGCUGUGAUUUGUCAAUUCAUGAAUUUAUUAGCAGAUUGGCUCAUUGCAUUGCAGCCUGGAGGAAGUUUUGUUAGGAAGGCUGAGCAUAAAAGGAAAGGGGCAUUUUUUCAGCCGAUGCAGAGAUUCCCACUGUUAAUGAUGUACAUUAAUUGUGGAAACUUCCAGUAGUAUUUUGUACUCAGAACAUCAACAGAGAUCCUGCAUUUGAAGGAGCCACACCAGCCUUUUGCAGCGUUCAUAUUUAAAAACGCAUACACUGUGAUUUCAGGAGAAGCAGGAACCUCAGCAUUUGGGUCAGUCAUGUUCAGGAGCCUAUAGAAAAUGUCCUUCACCUGAGCUUACUGGUUUCUCUUCCUGGAUGCCCCCACUGACUCAAAUCCAGUUGUCGUGAGUGUUUUGAUCUCAAGCUUAAUCUUGACCUCCAAACAAGAGGAUGCUGAUUGCUUCUAUAACAGAACCAGUGAUCCCCUUGAUGCAGCUUGAAGGCAGUCUCAGAAACAUGCACCUCUACUGAAAUCAGUAUCUAAAAAUGUGAAAAGCUCACAAAAACGCAUAGUUUCUGACAUCAACCUCUCUCAACUAACCCACAAAAACUCAAUGCACGGUUUUGUUUCACAUCUGGAGUGUUUGUAGAAACAUCAGAGACCCAAAUGGAAGUACAAAAGCACAGAAAAAGUGAGUUUUGCAUGAUAUGGCCCCUUUAAUACACUUCACAUAUCCUUACUGUAAACGAUGCCUCUUGCUUAACUGUAUACUCGUGUCUGCACUGCACUGUAAUAGUUACAGUGGUUACAAUAGUUACAGUGCACUACCUGUCUAUACUGUUCACAUUGUACUUUUCUGCUUUUUUGCACUUCUGGUUAGACGUUAACUGCAUUUCGUUGUCUCUGUACUUGUACUCUGUACAAUGACAAAGUUGAAUCUAAUCUAAUCCAUCUGACCUCCUAAUCAUCCACCAAGUGUAACUGGCUGAUUCCCUCACUCAAGCUGGUGUGUGUACCUCGAUUUAGCAGAUUUGGGUGGUGAGAAUAUCAGAGAUGACAUGAGGACCCUCUGGUGGAAAGGUGUCGCAUGGACCAGAAACUAACCCAUUCAAUUUUGCAGUGGCUCACUUGGGGGCAGCUUGACAAAUUCACUUUCAUUAAUGUUGAGGAAGAGAGGGCAUUUGGUCUUUUCUCUCCAAAUGCCUGUCUAGUUAAAUCUGUGAACUUAAUUAUUCUAACAUGAUGAUCUGAGUAAGUAAUAUUCAUUAGUCAAUGUUUAUUUGAGCAAACUUGGUAAAGAUAUUUGGUUGGAACAAAAAUGUGGCAGGACUUUUACUUUUUGAAGCCAGACUCAUUUUUGGUGAGCCUUCCUCCUUACUGUUGGUUGACUUAUUUGAGUGAGCUCUUGAAACUAAUCUGUCUGUCACCUCUAGUAGUGAAUAAUAGUGUGUUUUUACCUGUUGCUUUCUUUUUUACAGUUAUAUGUUCCUUUCUUUUCUCUUCUACAGUCGAUAAGUGAAUUCAAUAAAUGAUUCUAUUUUUGGA